UUGCCAAGCAUACCCUUUAUAAAACAUUCCAACUAAUACAUUAAUUACCCCAAAUUCGUCGUUUAACACAAACCCUUUUUGCUUCUCUUCUCUGUUUCUCUCUCGCAGCGUAAUCAUGGCGAUUAGCUCCUUCAAGCAUGAACAUCCUCUCGAAAAGAGGCAAGCUGAAGCAGCUCGUAUCAGGGAGAAGUAUCCGGACAGAAUACCGGUCAUAGUCGAAAGAGCCGAGAAGAGUGAUGUCCCUGAUAUUGAUAAGAAAAAGUACUUGGUCCCAGCUGAUUUGACUGUUGGCCAGUUUGUUUACGUUGUACGGAAGCGGAUCAAGCUCAGUCCCGAGAAAGCUAUCUUCAUUUUUGUCAAGAACAUUCUACCACCAACUGCGGCCAUAAUGUCUGCGAUUUAUGAAGAGCACAAAGACGAAGAUGGCUUUCUAUACAUGAGUUACAGUGGCGAGAACACAUUCGGUAUCUUCUACUAAUGCGCUUGGAACGUGUGGAUGCAUCAGAUUAUCAAUGUACAGUCUGUUUAUUUCUCUGCAUGUCUCUAGUUUUCAUGACAUUGGACAAAACUUUUGAAACUUGCAUAUAACUUGCAUGCUAUGUUAUGAACAUGAUAAGCUCUUCCAUUCAUGGUGCUACUUUGCUUAUGCUACGGUUAA